AUGCUGUUUUUCUCGUUCUUCAAGUCUCUCGUUGGCAAAGAAGUUGUCGUGGAGCUGAAGAAUGACCUCAGCAUUGCUGGAACGCUUCAUUCCGUUGACCAGUUUCUGAACAUUAAGUUGACCGAUAUCUCUGUGACGGAUGCCGAAAAAUACCCGCACAUGCUUUCGGUCAAAAACUGCUUUAUUCGUGGGUCAGUAGUACGCUACGUCCAGAUUUCUCCCGAAGAAGUCGACACUCUGCUGCUUCAGGACGCGACUCGUAAGGAAGCCGCAGCUCAGGUGAAACGAUAG